AUGGGCAAGAUUAAUGAGUGGGGUGUGCAGGCGACAAACAGCUACAACGCAGCCAGGAAGCGAGAAUACAAACGCGCGGUGGACAGAGGUCGUCAGGUACCGAGGCCAGUACCCAUACACUGGUGGCCCCCUUCGGAUGCGGAUCAUGUGCGAGGAUUUUCCUCCAUCGGUGGAGCUCGAGCCGUGCACAGCGGUAGUCAAGCUCCCGAUCGAGACGAGAAACCGAUGUGGAAUGUGUCGGAUCUCCUCCGCGGCAUCACCCCCUUGAGCAUGUUGACUGAAUGGUCCGCGGUCUUCCGGACCCCAAUGUCCAUCGCCAAGACAGUCCUUCACAAGUUUGUUGGCUACCUGGAGGCGCAGGCCUCGGAGCUGAUCUGGAAACCUCGGUGCUCCGAGACGAUCGCGUGGGAACAAAGCCAGGGCAUCUCUGCCAAGGACAAGACAUCCAAGUACACAGGCCCCCGAGGUGACUGGAGUCAAGGAUACGGUUACAUCACGCACGAUGGUUUCUUCUUCACCUUUUACAGCAACAGCAAGGAUUCUCACCAACGCACACAUCAUAUCAAAAAGCUGCAUGGAAUGCUGCCCACUCUGAACUCCAUGCAGGCUCGCAAGCCCAACCUGUACCCAACAUGCGUGUGCCGACGAUGCGAGCUCGAGAAGGAGGAUAACGAUCACGUCUGGAAAUGCCCUUCGGCAGCUGAGACCACCACUGAGAUCUGGAAGGAGGCCAUGGGCAAGAUUAAUGAGUGGGGUGUGCAGGCGACAAACAGCUACAACGCAGCCAGGAAGCGAGAAUACAAACGCGCGGUGGACAGAGGUCGUCAGGUACCGAGGCCAGUACCCAUACACUGGUGGCCCCCUUCGGAUGCGGAUCAUGUGCGAGGAUUUUCCUCCAUCGGUGGAGCUCGAGCCGUGCACAGCGGUAGUCCAGCUCCCGAUCGAGACGAGAAACCGAUGUGGAAUGUGUCGGAUCUCCUCCGCGGCAUCACCCCCUUGAGCAUGUUGACUGAAUGGUCCGCGGUCUUCCGGACCCCAAUGUCCAUCGCCAAGACAGUCCUUCACAAGUUUGUUGGCUACCUGGAGGCGCAGGCCUCGGAGCUGAUCUGGAAACCUCGGUGCUCCGAGACGAUCGCGUGGGAACAAAGCCAGGGCAUCUCUGCCAAGGACAAGACAUCCAAGUACACAGGCCCCCGAGGUGACUGGAGUCAAGGAUACGGUUACAUCACGCACGAUGGUUUCUCGACAAUUGUUGCGCAGAGCCAGGUUCUGGACCGGACUGCGACUGGUGGAUGGUGCACUGAAGAGUUUGGUCUGUAG